ACCCUAGCUCGCAUCCCAAUAAAGCCCACCCGAGAAAUAAUGGAACGCAUCCAAUCCAAACACCACUCACUCUCUCUCUCUCUCUCUCUCUCUGGAAUACUGUCUCUCUUCUGCUGCAACUUUCAGCGCAAAUCGGGGGGAAGAUCGUCGGAAAAACCCUAGUGGAAGUGGUGUUCGUUUUUCUUGUAGAAUUGGGAUUGGAGGAGGAAAAUCAAGAUGCCGUGGACUUGUUUUGUGAACUACAAGAUGAACCGUGUUCGCUUGGUGGCGUUCUUUCGUUUUAUACUGUAAUUUCAUUUUAAACGGGUGUAUUACAGGUGGUUUCUGAAGGAUUUUUUUAGCUAGUAUUUGUUUAGUUUGAAACUGGUUGGAGGAUUGAGAAUGUACAUUGGAGUAACCAUAAAAAGAUACAGAGCCGUGAAAGAAGUUGGGCAGAUUAAAAUGAGUGUCGGGAUCAUUGCAUACUACCAACUAAUACAAGUUUGCCAGGCUGAGUAUUUCCGUCAGUUACUUAAACCUGUUACGUAGUCAUCUUGAAGUUCUGGAACGCUGGAAUUUUGGAAACUGCCUUUGGUUGCAUUAAUCCAUAAGAAGGCAUUGAAAGAGGUGAAUCAUUUGAUGAUAGUAACUGUUUAUUUGGAAAAAUGGCUCUCUUGUUCCGGAAUGUCAAUACCAUAAUUAACUAGUUAGUGGUCCCAUCACCUUAGGAACCUUCAUCCAAUUUGAAAUUGUGAAUAAUUACCAGUGCAGAAGGCAAACUGCUCAUUUCUGUGGACUUUGCAGUUAAGUAGGAAAUAGGACAAACAAUGCAGGGUGACCAGCAUUUCCGAGCAAAGGCUGUGCUCCCUUUGGAAAAUCAAGUGGGCAACUGUUAUGUGCACACUCCUGUUGUCCCUGCUGUUGGUGCAGUCUUCAAUUCGGGUGCAAAGCACUUGACCCCUUUUCAUGGCGUCGAGUUUCAACCUUCUGAGGUUUGCCCGAAGAAUUUUAUUGUCUUUGAUCAGACACAAUACCGAAGCCAGAUUAUGUUUCAUCCAACGAUUGCCCACAAAUUUAAUGCUCCUAGCAUCUUUGCAACUAGUGUGGAAGACAAUUUUGAGGUGAAAGAAGUUGAUUUUGUGGAAACAGAGACAUCUUCUCCACUUAAAGAGGAUUCGGGUGAUAUUGAUGCAUUGUUGAGCUUUGAAGAGGAUGAACAAGAUGAAUAUGAUGAUGAAGAGGUUAGCACCGCCCGGACUAAUGGAGAUUAUAGAUGCACGUCUCCAGAUUCCUUCUCCAACUAUUGUUCAAACCCAAAGAAGAAUAGAUCUUCUUCUAUGCAGAAGGCCUCAGGCAGUGGUGAGAGCUGCAACAGUGACAGGAAACGACAGAAAAUGAAGAAGAUGGUGAACGCGCUGAGAGGGAUAGUACCUGGUGGCAGUCAAAUGAAUACUGUUGCUGUACUGGAUGAAGCUGUUAGGUACCUCAAGUCUCUCAAGGUCGAGGUACAGAAGCUUGGAGUUGGGGAUAUAAACUAUUAGUUUGCCAUGGUAAGGAUGACUGAACUCCAUUUCUAAAUUACAUAUAUGUAUAAUUUAGGUCCCCACCCCCACGUUCCCUCCCAUGCUUGCUGGCAUUAGGAUAAUAGUAAUUGCUAGUGCUGUGUAAGAAAAGCCUAUUCGUACUUGUAUUAGUGGAGUCUGCUCCACCAACAGUGACUUGCGUGGUUGAACUUACCUUAUGUUUUUUAUUAUGAGUCAUGACCUCUGCUUUAUGGUAA